GAAUCGAAGCAGCACAUAACAACCAGAGAACUAACAUUUGUACUAAAAAAGAAAGAUGCAAGUACUACAUUUUGGAAAAGGCUUCUAGAAACUAAAGAUAAGGUAGGUGGUUUGUUUAAUGUUUAGAAAAUUAUUUUACAUUUCAUUUUAUAUCCUCUUUAAGCAUUUGUGUUCCCCAUGAUGAAAUCUGUUUUGAUUAAAUAUUAUUUUAUCUUUAAAUGAAGAUAGCACACAUAAAAACAGAUUUUGACAAGUGGAAAGAUGAAGAUGAUUCUGACGAUGAUGAACAACCAAACAGCAACUUUGAAGAUGUAUGUACAUGCUAUGAUUGUAGGCUACAAUACUAAAAUUAUGCAACAUAAUGGAAACUCCAAAUAUAUUCAUUUUUUAAUAUUUAAAUAUUUCAAGUGUGUGUGGAAACACUCAAUAUCUGGAAACUAUGAAUUAAACUAAAAUUACAGUGUUCUGAUCCUGUGGCCCCCCCCCCCCCCUAGAACUAUUGAAGCCGUGUAACUGUUAAAACAAUUCAGGUGUUUAUUGUUUAAUGGACCAUUUGCAUUAUAGACUAAAUUUUGAUCUAAACAAGUCUAGACAAAAAUUUCAUCACAGCUUGAAAGAGCAUCACAAAAUUAGUAUUAAAUAUUCCAAAGUUUCGUUGCGAAAUGUUGUAAAAUGCGGAUAAUAUAGCCUUGCGAAGUUUGCCGUUUUUCAGUCAUUUUGCGGCUAUAUUAUCCGCAUUUUACAACAUUUCGCAACGAAACUUUGGAAUAUUACUAAUUUUGUGAUGCUCUUUCAAGCUGUGAUGAAAUUUUUGUCUAGACUUGUUUAGAUCAAAGUUUAGUCUAUAAUGCAAAUGGUCCAAUAAACUUGCCUAAAAUAUCCCCCCUUCGGCCCUUCCUCGGGUUCCCCCAUAAAUUAGAGAGGUUAAGAUACCCCGGUUUCGGUGUACGGAUACGAUCUUGUUUACUGAUGUCUGUAAUUCGAUCAUACUUUUUCUGUUUUCUUGCAAUAGACAAUGAUAUAAUGCGAAAAAUGUGCACCUUAGUUACGAGUAAAGGUACAGACAUCGACGAAAAUAUUGCUAAACAAAAUCAUGCUACUCGUACCCGUACACCGAAACCGGGGUAUCUUAACCUCUCUAAUGUUGUCGAAUGGACCAAUCCCCAAUUAACCAAAAUUUUGAACUCAACAAGUCUAGACAAAAAUAUCAUCACAGCUUGAAAGAGCAUCACAAAAUUAGUAAUAUUCCAAAGUUUCGUUCUAAAAUGUUGUAUAAUGCGGAUAAUAUAGCCUUGCGGAGUUUGUAAUUUUCAGUCAUUUUGUAUUACGCACGGAAGUGGUAACCAUUUCUCGUUUGUAAUCUAAAAUGACUGAAAAUUACAAACUUCGCAAGGCUAUAUUAUGAAUGAAUGAAUGAUAAUCAUAUUUAUUCAGGAAACCAACAUCACAAGAAGUGUUUUUCAGAUGGUUCCUGCAAAACAUUAAAAUACAAAGUAUAGAAAAUAUAUAUAGUGUGCGUGCAGUGUUUACAUAUUGGUAUAUAUGGAUAUAUAUGAUAUACCAGAAAAAUUAUGAGACUAUAGGAUACAUGAUGCUAUACAUAUUUACAAGGAUAUACAAAGAGAUUUCAGAAGUUCAUUCCUAAAGGUUCCUAAUUAUUAUCCGCAUUUUACAACAUUUUAAAACGAAACUUUGGAAUAUUACUAAUUUUGUGAUGCUCUUUCAAGCUGUGAUGAAAUUUUUGUCUAGACUUGUUGAGUUCAAAAUUUUGGUUAAUUGGGGAUUGGGGACAUCCAUUGCGUUUAAAAUGUGCGUAAGAUAAUUCAGUCUAUUUUAUUAACAGUUAUAUCCAGGAUUGCCCAAUGCCUAUGGCUUACCUGGGUCAUAACUUAACGUUUUUCUUUUCCACUUCAGAUGAUGAGACAAAUGGGAGAUAUUGGAAUGGUAAAAGAUUAAAUUAAUCAAAUUAUAUGAGUAAUACUAAGUCUCCUGAAAGUCAGAACCUCUGGGUUUUUUCAGCAACAAUAGUAAACAGUUCAUAUACCAACCAUUCAAAAAUUUCUGAAUUUAUAAUUAAGAUACGAGUUAUGAUGCAGAUUACACUCCAUUUACUUAAGAGAAUAUCAUCCAUUAGUGCAUGAUUAUUUACUAGCCGGAAUAAAUUCGUUAAAGAAGAAUUUUUCAAUACUACCAUAAAGAACAAUAUUACAUAAUAAUGCACUUAAAACCUCGCAUGAAACUUUAUUGAAGCACUCAGUUCAUAUUACGAUUUCUUCACAGGAUGGUGCCGUUGAUGAUGGUAAUGAAGCAGACUCGGAUGACAGUGAUGAUGAAGGCAAGUAUAACAUAAAAUAA